AAUUUUGUUCCUUUCCUUUCAUUUAUAUCUCUGAGACUUUUGCAUUUAUAGAUACCAACUACUCCUCCACAUAGAGAAGCUCCUGUAUGAGGCUAUGAAAUAAAGCUCUUCUUUUGUUAUAGUCUGCAUUAUAUGUAAGCCGGCGCAGUUUUGCUUUGCUUUCUGUGUCAACUCUUCGAUGGGGAAGAUUGGAGGAAACUCUUGGUUGACUGCAGUCAAGAAAGCUUUUAGGUCUCCUACCAAGGAAAAUGAGAAGAGGAGCUGUAGAAGGCGAGAAGAUAACGAACAAGAGGAAGAAGAGAAUAAAAGAGGAAAAAGAAGAUGGAUUUUCAAGAAGCCUUCAUAUCAGGAAACAGUUAUACAACACAGUGAAGCAAGGACCAUCGCCACAACUGCUAACAAUGCUAAAGCGAUCACCAAUUCUGAAAGCUCAGCACUUAAUACUAUUCCUGAAGCUGCUAAAGCCGAGCAAAGACAUGCCAUUGCGGUGGCUAUAGCCACUACAGCAGCUGCUCAAGCAGCAGUAGCAACAGCCCAAGCAGCUGUAGAAGUUGUUCGCCUCACGAGGCCUUCCAUUUUCGUGAGAGAACACUUUGCUGCCAUUGUUAUACAGACAGCUUUUAGAGGAUAUCUGGCAAGGAGAGCUCUUCGGGCACUCAAGGGGCUGGUGAAGCUGCAAGCCUUAGUGAGAGGCCACAAUGUUCGAAAGCGAGCGAAUAUUACUCUUAGAUGCAUGGAGGCUAUGGUUCGAGUGCAAGCCCGCGUGCGUGAUCAACGUAAGAGGCUUUCCGCGCAUGAAGGAAGCACGGAUUCCGUAUUCAGUGAUCCCAACAGCUUAUGGAGCUCGCAUCUUGUAGACAGGAAGUCUAGUUCUAGAGAAGAAAGCGGCAAUGUCGAUGAUUGGAUCCGUUGGGACGAGCACCCGAAAACAUUGGAGGAGAUUCAAGCCAUUUUGCAGGCAACGAAAGAAGCUGCCUUGAAACGUGAAAAGGCUCUUGCUCAUGCCUUCUCUCACCAGAUUUGGAGAACCGACAGAGGCGCUGCCGAAAGUGAGGAAGAGCUUGAUGGGAACACCAGAUGGGUUGAUCGGUGGACAACGAGGAAGCAAUGGGAGAGUACAGGCAGAAUGUCGUGUGACCGCAUAGAUCCCAUAAAAACUGUUGAAAUUGACACCUUUAGACCUUACUCUUUCUCAGCCCCCCAUUCCCAAAAAUCAAAUCGUCAAUAUCACCACCAACAACGGAGGCCGAGUUCAUACUUUGUCACAUCCCCUCUCCACAAAGCCAACAAUAGUCUCCCCAUUCGCUCAAUCACGCCAUCUCCAUCAAAAGCAAAGCCUCUCCAAAUGUACUCAGCUAGCCCUCGCUACCUCAAAGAAGAGAAGAGCCACCCAUCACCUCAUACACCAAACUCAGGAUCCUACACCCAUAGAAUGAGUGGUACUGCAGGGGCUGCUGCACCAUUGCCUAACUAUAUGGCUGCUACAGCAUCUGCUAUGGCUCGGUUCCGGUCUCAAAGUGCGCCAAAGCAGAGGCCUUCAACCCCAGAAAGGGAGAAAGUGGGAUCUGCCAAAAAACGUCUAUCAUUUCCAGUUCCUGACCAAUGUGGUGUCGACGGGAGCAAAGAUCAAGUUUAUGAUUACAACUUGGGGAGUCCAAGCUAUAAAAGCGGUCAUGGAGGCCAUUUUGGCAUGGAGCAGAAAUCCAACUUGUCUUCUUGUUAUGCAGAUAGUCUUGGCGAAGAAAUCUUUCCACCCUCAACAAAUGAUCUGAGGAAGUGGUUGAGGUAAAGCCAAGCGACUGCUGCAUUGCUUGAGGUGAAGAAGAACAGAUAAGGGCAUGCAAAGGUGAUGAUGAUUUUUAUUCCAAUUGAGAAAGCUAGGCCUAGAACCGCAUGUAGAAUAUGGGAGUCAAUUGUGACAUGCAGUGUCUCGAGAAGUAUGUUGGUAUUUGGAAAUUGAUGAUUAAAGCUGCUAUUAUCAUAAAUAAUUAUUAGCAAAUUCAUCAAGCAGCCUCACUGGACCACUUAAGAAAACUAAACAGCCAAUGUCAGUCUUACAGAAACAUUUUGGAACCCUCA